UCGUUUCAAUUAUCUGUUUGUCCGAAGUUUUUUUUCUGCGUGGCUUUUGAGUAUAUUUGAUUAGCCCUUGUGCUGAUUGCCUGAUUAAUAAGUUUCUGCUGAAAACGCAGAGGUUGAUUUCUGUUUCAUGGCAAUUGCAUACUGCAUUCAACUGGGAAAAGGACUCAAGAUAGAGAUAAUUGGCAUGAACCAAAGAAGCUUUACUCUCAGCAUAUGCAGGUUUCUUUUUCAAAAUCCACACGCUCAUCGGUAGCAAGCCAAUUACUUAGCAGCCACCAAGUGACAUUCCCUGACCAAUAAGAAGCUCCAAAUGGGUCGGGUGCUGAUUUCUUAUGGUACGUCUCAGUUCCCUAUUUGGAUCUUCCACUUAUAGUCGAUGAAACCGAAUAAAAAGGUAACACCAGAAAUAGACAUGGUUGUUCUGUGGUGGUCAUAGAGGUGAUUCUAUCUAUAGCCCAAAUCUGCUUGUCCAGCUUUGUCGGGGGAAGACUUGGUUGUUGGCAAAUUGUAGCCGUUGCCAUCUCCGGAACAAACCCCCCUAAAUUUGUGCCCAACGUACAACUGUAUGCACAGCCAAAUUUUGUGCUUUUCAAUGAGAACCAUCAAUCCCAUGGCUAAAAAAUUGGAGGACCUCCAUCAUCUCCUUCCCAAGAACCUCCAUAUAACACCCUCAACCCCCCAUUAGAACUUCUAUAAGCAGCCUUGGGCCUGUCCAAGGAGGUCUCCUUGUCUAACCCUCAAAAGAUGAAGGCCUUCGGCUGCUUCCUUCUCUUCUCUCUCCUCCUAUCUUCGUUUUCGUCUCUCUCUUCGACUGCUCAAGAGAUUGAUGUUCAAUUAAAAUUUGAAAACUUGAGGCUCAAGAGGGCCUACAAGGCUCUCCAGGCAUGGAAAAACUCUAUUUUCUCCGACCCAUUCAACAUGACUGAAAGUUGGGUUGGACCCGAUGUGUGUUCCUAUUAUGGUGUUUUCUGUUCUCCAGCGCUAGAUGACCCCUCGUUGAGCGUUGUUGCCGGGAUUGAUAUUAACCACGGUGACAUUGCCGGGCAUCUACCUCCUGAACUAGAGCUCUUGACGGACAUUGCCUUGUUCCACAUUAACUCAAACAGGUUCUGUGGAAUCAUCCCAGAGGGCUUCAACAAGCUCCACCUCCUAAAAGAAUUAGACGUUAGCAACAACCGCUUUGUUGGUCCAUUCCCGAAGGUCGUUUUGGCUAUUCCAAGCCUAGUGUACCUUGAUCUCAGGUAUAAUGAUUUUGAAGGGCCGUUGCCCCCGGAACUAUUCGAGCUGGAGUUGGACGCGUUGUUUCUCAACAACAACCGGUUCACCUCCACCAUCCCCGAAACUCUCGGCAAGUCGACUGUUUCAGUGGCGGUGUUCGCUAACAACAAGCUCAGCGGUUGCAUCCCAAAGAGCAUUGGUAACAUGGCAAACCUGAACGAGAUCAUUUUCUCUAACAACAGCCUGGGCGGUUGCGUGCCUAGUGAGAUCGGGCUACUAGCAAACGCGUCGGUCAUCGAUCUCAGCAGCAAUAAAUUCACGGGGGUGUUGCCAACGGGCUUUGGGGGCCUAAAGAUGGUUGAGGUCUUGGACUUCUCAAACAACAGGUUAACGGGAUUCGUUCCCGACACCAUUUGCACAUUGCCAAGCUUGAAGAACUUCACAUUGUCCGAAAACUAUUUCAAGAAAGAGGGUAAGGCGUGCUAUCCACCCCCGAAGCACAUGGCGUUUUAUGACGGAGGAAACUGUUUGGAGGGAAGGACGAACCAAAAGCCAGAGGGAACUUGCUUGCCUGUGGUUUCUAAGCCUGUUGAUUGCAGCAAGCAAUGUAGAGCUAAUCCUGAAAAUCCCGCCCCGGAGGAUCACCCCAAACCGAAACCACCAAAAAGUCAUAAUCACGUCCCACUAACACCGAAACCACAUCCACCAAAACCCACUCCAUCGCCACCUCAUAAUACCCCGUCAACACCGAAACCUCACCCUCCCACCCCAUCCGUCCCGACGCCUAACCCAACACCCAAACCUCACCCUCCCAUCCCAUCCAUCCCGACGCCCAACCCAACACCAAAACCUCACCCUCCCACCCCAUCUGUCCCGACGCCUAUCCCAACACCGAAACCUCACCCUCCCACCCCAUCCGUCCCAACGCCUAACCCAACACCAACACCAAAAGCAAACCCACCGCCUAAGGCCUCCAUUCCACCUCCUAAGGCUUCCGUUCCACCUCCUAAUCUUAAGCCACCAACCCCAUCCCCACCGGUUACUACCCCAUCAACACCAAAACCACUACCACCCUCACCUCCGGUUCCUGAACAUCCUACCCCAUCAAGCCCUACGCCAAAACCGUUCCCCAACCCCAAACCUGAUCCUCCACCUACAAUCAAGCCACCUACUCCAAAACCAUCCGUUGAACCUCCUAGACCUUCCGUUCCACCUCCUACAGUAAAGCCACCUACUUCAACGCCAUCUACCCCUCCACCCAAAACCUCAUCCCCUCCCCAACCACCAAAUACUAAUUACCCUCCACAUUCCAUUUCUAAGCCACCACCUCCAGUUCAGGCUCCCACUCCAGCUCCAACACCGGUUUUGUCAUCGCCUCCACCAGUUCAAACCCCACAACCACCGGUCCUUUCUCUUCCGCCACCAGUUCAAUCCCCACCACCAGUGGUCCACGCACUUCCACCACCGGUUCAAUCACCACCACCCCCAGUCCACUCUCCACCAGCUCUGGUUCAAUCCCCACCGCCCCCAGUCCACUCUCCACCACCUCCGGUCCACUCUCCUCCACCACCAGUUCAAUCCCCACCGCCCCCAGUCCAAUCCCCACCCCCACCGGUUCACUCUCCUCCACCACCAGUUCAAUCCCCACCGCCCCCAGUCCAAUUCCCACCGCCACCGGUUCAAUCCCCACCACCCCCGGUCCACUCUCCUCCACCGCCCGUUCACUCCCCACCCCCACCGGUCCACUCUCCUCCACCACCCGUUCACUCCCCACCACCACCGGUCCACUCUCCUCCACCGCCCGCUCAAUCCCCACCACCUCCAAUUUUCUCACCUCCACCACCCGUAUCCUCACCACCUCCUCCACUUCAUUCUCCUUCGCCACCUUUCCCCCCACCAGUUCAGUCCCCACCCCCACCUAUCUUCUCCCCACCACCUCCCGUCCACUCCCCACCACCUCCACUUCCCUCACCCCCACCACCAGCACAUUCUCCACCACCACCUGUCUUCUCCCCACCACCUCCCGUCCACUCCCCACCACCACCUGUCUUCUCCCCACCACCUCCUGUCCACUCCCCACCACCUCCACCAACUUUAUCUCCUCCUCCUCCUCCUACCCCUGUCCUAUCCCCACCGCCGCCAAGCUUCGACGACGUCGCCCUCCCGCCAAACUUGGGAGCCGAAUACUCAUCGCCGCCACCGCCAAUGUUUCCAGGCUAUUAAGUAGUACGCCAUUAGCAACUUUUCUAUUUGUUGUAACCAUUUUUAGUUUCACAAAAGAAAACACAUACACACACGGUUUGUAAACUGGGGUCCUUGUGAAGGAAAAUUGUUUGUAAUUUUUAUAUGCAAUGAUCUCUUGAUCAGUUGAUUUCAUCUUUUACUUUUCAGAAAUCGAAAAGUCCAUUGCCUUUAGACCAUGACAACAUGUUCCUCUUGCGCUCUACCAAUGAUGCAAGGAAAAUAUGAGCUCUAUCUAGUUUAUAUUGGUUUCUGAUUCAUAAUUC